AGGACGCUCCAAGAGAGGACGUGUUUGCACAGAGAGCUGCUUUUUCAUUCAAAGAGUAUAAAGUAGUACCAACGUUUGGAUCGAUAUCUGCAUCGAUCUGCCCACCCUUGUCUCCUGGAUCGUAGCUGAGAUCAGCGUGAACCACGUGGGUCUCUGCUCCCUGAUCUGUUUCCUGUGUUUGGAAAGAGUUCCAGCUUCAUCACGGAGUUUCUCUCGGUUUGUGGGAUCAUCUAAAGCUGAUCAGCAGGAGGAGAAGAGUCUGACGGAGCAGCAGAGGAACAUUUUCAGCCAUCUGGACUCAGCUGAGUCACUACAGAGGAAACAAUGAGCUCAACACAGAAGGACCAACAUGGAGCGAGAAGUCAGCGCUCUCAGGAGGCCGACAAACCUCACAGAAGAAAGAGAGAGAAAAAACACACCUGUGACGAGUGUGGGAAGGGUUUUACUUUGAAGGCUAAUCUAAAACUUCAUCAGGUCAUCCACACUAGAGAGAGACCGUUCAGCUGUGACUUGUGCGGAAAGUGUUUUUCCUGGAAGAAUGCUCUAAAAAGACACCAACUCAUCCACAGUGGAUUUAAAGCGUACAGCUGUGAUCAGUGUGGCAGAGCUUUUACUCACAGUAGCACCUUACAGAGUCAUCUAGUUACCCACUCUGGAAUUAAGGCAUACAGCUGUGACAUUUGUGGAAAAACUUUCAGCCAUAUAAGGUACCGAAAUAUACACCUACGCAUCCACACCAGACAUGAUGUGUACUGCUGUGAACAGUGUGGCAAAGAGUUUACAACAAACACGCAGUUACAACACCACAUGUUCACCCACACCGAGGAGAGACCUUAUAAAUGUGACCUGUGCGAGAAGACUUUUAAAGCUCCACAUCAACUGAGACAACACCAACAGAUCCACACCAGAAAGAGACUCUACAAGUGCAGUUACUGUGAGAAGCAGAGCGACACAGAUGGAUCCAGUUCUCAACCCUAUCAUCACUGUGGUGGUGGGAAAGACUUUCGUUGUGACCUCUGUGGAAAAACUUUCAGUCGAAAAGACACCCUAAAAUUACAUCAACGUAGACACACUGGAGACAAACUGAAAUACUGCAAAGAAUGUGGGAGAAGCUUCCCCACAUCAAGUGACUUAAAACAACAUGAACUCAUUCACAGUGGGGUUAAAAAGCACCUCUGUGAUCAGUGUGGGUCAUCCUUUAUCAGUGCCGGUAUCCUUAAAACACACAAACGAGUCCACACAGGAGAGAAACCAUACAAGUGCAGACACUGUGACAAAAGCUUCUCACAUUCAAGUAGUCGUAACAAGCAUGAAUGUACACACAUGGAUAGAAACUACAGCUGUGACCAGUGUGACAAGAGCUUCAGGAAUCUCAGUUCAUACUCCGAACACAAACGAUCCCACGUUACUAAUAAACUGUUUCACUGUUACCAAUGUGCCAAAACAUUCACCUCAUUGUCUGCUCUGUGCAAACAUCAGCGUGAUCACUCAGGGCUGAAAUCACUCCCAUCACUGGAUCACAGUGAAUCUGAAGAGACAGAAAGAUCCUCUGGUUUCAGUGUCAGACUCAAAAAGCUUGAGAUCAGGCUCCACAGAGUUCAGACAGAAUCAUUUAAACUUGUGUUGAACUGAACUGGUUGCUGGGCUGAACUUCUACAUAAUACAGAUUUACAUGGGAUCUUAUUUUCUGUCGUUUUACUGAUUCAGUUUUCUCCUUUUUUCUCUGUCCUGGUUUUGCUCGUCUGUAAAUAAUUGAAACUCAGUCAAAUAGUUCAUUGUUCUCCAGCAAAAUGUUUUAGAAACUCAUGUUUAACCUUUAAAACUCUGACAUGUUUUAGCACACAAGGCUUCAUCGGGGAGUUCACUCAUGAUUGGACCAUGAGAAUAAAGGUUUUUAGUUCUUUCAAAGAGAGUCUUGGAGCUGUUUUUCAUUUCUAUAUGAUUCUUCUUGCAUCUAAACAAAGAUGAUUAUGAUGAUGAUGAGUCAUUUAUGAAAAAAGAAGUAAAAAACAAUAUUGUUGUAUGAGGAUUUUUAUGGCAGAUUUUGUGCAUCAACGUUUUUGUACAUGAAAAUGUUAAAAGGAUGCAAAGGAGGAGGAGGGCACAAGAACUCAGCACGUGAUACUGACUGGAAGCAACACAGCUGCUGUUGACAAAGCAGCAGAGUCAGAUAUGAAUGUGUAUUGAAUUCAUCGUGUAAAUAUACCAGAUUUAUCCACAUACGCUAGUUUUCAUCAUUUUUUUACUUUCAGUAAGUUUACUUUUAGUUUAUUUUUAGUUUCUUAAGACGCAGGAGAAUCUGAUUCAUCAUGAUUGAGCAUUUCAUUAAAGUAAUGUUUAAAAGACA